CUGGUGAGUUAACCAGGUUAACCAGGGAUAUGAGGUAUAGAUAUAGACACGCUGGUGGGUUAACCAGGUUAACCAGGGAUAUGAGUUAUAGAUAUAGACACGCUGGUGGGUUAACCAGGUUAACCAGGGAUAUGAGUUAUAGAUAUAGACACGCUGGUGGGUUAACCAGGUUAACUAGGGACAUGAGGUAUAGAUAUAGACACGCUGGUGGGUUAACCAGGUUAACCAGGGAUAUGAGGUAUAGAUAUAGACACGCUGGUGGGUUAACCAGGUUAACCAGGGACAUGUGGUAUAGAUGUAGACACGCUGGUGGGUUAACCAGGUUAACCAGGGAUAUGAGGUAUAGAUAUAGACAACCUGGUGAGUUAACUAGGGACAUGAGGUAUAGAUGUAGACAACCUGGUGAGUUAACCAGGUUAACUAGGGACAUGAGGUAUAGAUAUAGACACGCUGGUGGGUUAACCAGGUUAACUAGGGACAUGAGGUAUAGAUAUAGACACGCUGGUGGGUUAACCAGGUUAACCAGGGACAUGAGGUAUAGAUAUAGACACGCUGGUGGGUUAACCAGGUUAACCAGGGACAUGAGGUAUAGAUAUAGACAUGCUGGUGGGUUAACCAGGUUAACCAGGGACAUGAGGUAUAGAUAUAGACAUGCUGGUGGGUUAACCAGGUUAACCAGGGACAUGAGGUAUAGGUAUAGACACGCUGGUGGGUUAACCAGGUUAACUAGGGACAUGAGGUAUAGAUAUAGACAUGCUGGUGGGUUAACCAGGUUAACUAGGGACAUGAGGUAUAGAUAUAGACACGCUGGUGGGUUAACCAGGUUAACCAGGGACAUGAGGUAUAGAUGUAGACAACCUGGUGAGUUAACCAGGUUAACCAGGGACAUGAGUUAUAAAUAUAGACACGCUGGUGGGUUAACCAGGUUAACCAGGGACAUGAGGUAUAUAUAUAUAGACACGCUGGUGGGUUAACCAGGUUAACCAGGGACAUUAGCUAUAAAUAUAGACACACUGUUGGGUUAACUAGGGACAUGAGUUAUAAAUAUAGACAAGCUGGUGGGUUA